AUGAGUUCCGAGACCGAGAAUGUACUUGUCGGAGUGAUUGGAGGCAGCGGACUGUACCAUCUGGACAACCUCACCUUUGUGAAGCACGUCAACCCUGAGACGCCCUGGGGAUUCCCUAGCUCACCCAUAACCAUCUGUUCUCUCCCGUCGGGCACCCUCGUCGCGUUCCUCGCUCGUCACGGCGCCGGACACACGAUCAGCCCAUCUGCCGUACCCUCUCGUGCCAAUAUAGCUGCCCUCAAGUCACUGGGUGUGCGCGCCGUACUCGCCUUUUCAGCAGUAGGGUCCCUGCGCGAGGAGAUCGCACCGGGGGACUUCAUCCUACCCACGCAGAUCAUCGACCGCACGAAGGGCAUACGCCCCGCAAGCUUCUUCGAAGGCACCAGCGUCGUAGCGCACGCAGCCUUCGGCGAUCCGUUCGCCGGGGGUCUGGUCGGCUGGCUGGAGAGCCGCGUGUGGGCCGUGUUAGAAGAGGAGGGGAAGGCUGCAGUGCAGGAGGGCAAGCGCGCGCCGCUGCUGCACACGGAGAAGUGUGUCGUGUGCAUGGAGGGCCCGCAGUUCUCGACGCGGGCGGAGAGCAGGAUGUAUCGUGCGUGGGGCGCGGACGUGAUUAACAUGAGCGUGCUUCCCGAAGCGAAACUUGCGAGAGAGGCCGAGCUGAGCUACGCACUCAUUGCGACCUCUACGGACUACGACUCGUGGCGCGAAGGCGAGGACUCCGUGACUGCGGCAGAGGUAUUCAAGACCCUGCAGGAGAACGCACGUCUAUCGCGCCAUGUAGCCGCGCGAAUACUCGAGGAACUGCACGGUGCCGCAGUGGAAGGAAGCCUACUAAAGGAGGAGCAAGGGUCGAUGCAAUACUCCAUCAUGCCGCGGUCGCAGCAGCAAAAAGAGGAGGACCGCCAGAAGCUGGCGUACGUCUUGCCUACCUACUUCAGCUAA